CAUAUGAAAGCAUCAUUUAAAUUUUAACACGCCAAGGUGUUUGUGAAUGGAAUAUGCUUCUUGUACUAGCUGUUUCUAUAUAUAUAUAAUGACCAAUUAGCCACAGUUACCCCACAAAACAUUCAAUCUCUUCUUGUCUAUAGAAAACUCAAUAAUGGGGAACCUAUCUUCUUCUUCUAACCAAAAAAAGUCUCUUCCCAUUGACACCACAUUCAAGCUUCCAUCUAACAUACCAACUUGGCCACAAGGUGGUGGAUUUGGUAGUGGAAUCAUUGAUCUAGGAGGUCUAAAAGUGUCACAAAUCUCAACAUUCAACAAAAUUUGGACAACCUUAGAAGGUGGACAAGAAGAUUUAGGAGCAACUUUCUUUGAGCCAACACAAAUACCUCAAGGGUUCUUCUCAUUAGGACACUAUAGUCAACCUAACAACAAACCUCUCUUUGGUUGGGUUUUAGUUGCAAAAGAUGAGUCCAAUGGAGCAUUGAAAAGUCCAAUUGAUUACACACUUGUUUGGAGUAGCAAGUCACAAAAAAUCAAACAAGACAAAGAUGGUUACAUUUGGUUACCAAUAGCACCUAAUGGCUAUAGCCCUUUAGGCCAUAUUGUCACAACCACACCUGAAAAGCCUUCACUCGAUAGAAUCCAAUGUGUUAGGUCAGAUCUCACCGACCAAUGUGAAAUUAACUCAUGGAUUUGGGGAAAAGAUAAGAAAAUUGAUGAAAAAGGUUUCAAUGUUCAUUGUGUUAGACCAAGCAAUAGAGGCACACAAGCUCCUAGUGUUCUUGUGGGAACAUUCUUAGCACAUGUUGGUGAAGUUACAAAUAGCCCUUUACCAAUUUCUUGUUUGAAAAAUUCAAACUUUAUGAGUUUUUCAUCAAUGCCUAAUUUACCCCAAGUUAAGGCACUAGCACAAGGCUAUUCACCUAUCAUGUACUUGCAUCCAAAUGAAAAGUUUCAACCUUGUUCAAUUAAAUGGUAUUUCACAAAUGGAGCAUUGCUUUAUAAGAAAGAAGAAGAAGCAAAUCCAAUUGAAAUAGACCCAUUAGGCUCAAAUCUUCCUCAAGGUGGAAGCAAUGAUGGUUCUUAUUGGAUUGAUCUACCAAAAGAUAAAGCUAAUAGAGAAAGAGUCAAAAAAGGUGAUUACAAAAAUUUUCAAGCUUAUAUUCAUGUAAAACCAAUGUUUGGUGGUACAUUUACUGAUUUAGCCUUUUGGGUUUUCUACCCUUUUAAUGGGCCAGGGACAUUAAAAGUUGGGCUUAUAGAUAACAUUUCACUAGGUAAAAUAGGUGAACAUAUUGGUGAUUGGGAACAUGUUACUUUAAGGAUAAGUAACUUUAAUGGAGAGUUAAGAAGUGUUUAUUUUUCUCAACAUAGUAAUGGCCAAUGGGUUGAUGCUUCAGAAGUUGAGUUUCAAAGUGGGAAUAAAUCAGUGGCUUACUCUUCAUUGAAUGGUCAUGCUAUUUAUUCAAAAGCUGGACUUGUUCUUCAAGGUGUUAGUGAGAUUGGGAUAAAGAAUGAGACUAAGAAGAGUGAAAUGGUUGUUGAUUUUGGAGAUGGUUUUGAGAUUGUAUCAGGGGACUAUUUGGGGGAUGAAGUUGUUGAGCCUAGUUGGUUGAAUUUUUUUAGGCAAUGGGGUCCUAAAAUUACUUAUGAUUUAGGUGAAGAGUUGAAAAAGUUGGAUAAGAUUGUUCCUGGUUUGAAAUUGCCCAAUGAGCUGUUGGGUGAGGAAGGGCCCACUGGGCCAAAGCUCAAGAGAAAUUGGAUCGGGGACGAAGUUUGAAAUGAUUGAUCGGUUUAUAUAUAUUUGGUUUUAAAUUGCAGUUACAGUUGCAUGAUCAAAAAUCACAAAUCACUGAUAAAUGUGACUGCAAUUAUGGUUGCGGACAAAAGUUUGUAAAAUAUUUAUUAGACUCUCAUUGUUGUUGGAUAAAAAUAUUUGAAACAUGGUGUGUGAUGAAGCAUUAUUGGGACGAAUAAAUUUAAAAAAAGACUUAGGGUUGUUGUGUGUAUUUAAUAUUAUUUGUUAUGGACAUUAUUGAUGUUAUUUUUGUGAUUGAUAUUGAAACAAGUGUUAAUACUAUAAUGAUGUUGACAAA